GAACGGACACACCACGGACGGUACGACGACGGCGCGCACGUAGAGCUGUGGUCCCAACCACGGGAGUGACCGUUUUUCAGCACGACUUUUCACGAAACGGAACGGGAAACAGUAAAAAACAGCAAAGAAAAUAGCAGGAACCGCUCAGGAGCACUACGUUCAUCAAUUCAUUCAAGGGAUAAAGGAGCGAACCGGAUCAUACAUUGUAGUGUUCAAUCAGUGAAGUGGUAAAAAGUGGUUCUCCGCGGAGGACGUACCGUUAGUUGUUACCGGUUGUGGCCUUGUAAAGUUGUGAGUUGAAUUUUCAGUCCAGAGCUGCAAUUGAUCGUUCAUCGACGUCGCCAGCACUUGAGGAGAAUGUAUUCAAUCUGGAGGUGAAGCUAAGUUAUUACUGGAGUUAGUAACGACCCCAAACCUGCCCCAGACGACAAGGGGCGUAAGGCAACGAGCGAGCGAGCGAGCUUAGACAACAAACAGAAUCCUCACCGAGCGGUCACAUUGAGCGAACGCCGCAGCAGCAGUUCCGCAGCAAGUGAAUGGUAUAGCCGAUUCCCUCGGUCACGUAGCGCUCAAAAUCCCGUCGUGGAGUCCGAAAUUCGAACAGCAAUCCCGUGCAUACGGAGCGCUACAGAAUGCCUCAGCGAAAGCCCUCGGAACAUCGGCACAGCGGGGUCCGGCGUGCCUCGCUAUAGCGGGACUCGAUUGAGGUGGUGGGCCACCAGCUAAACAACCCGCACCAACGAUCACCUUCCGGGCCGGGUCCGGGGCCCUCGAUGGACGACCCACCACCCAACACCCAGCACCAUCACAUGCCCCAACAUCACACCCAUCAUCAGCUGCCGAAAGAUCUGUCCCACCUUCACCUUCAGCAGCCGUCGGCUCACCAUCGCUCCAACAAUGCCGGACCACAGUCCAGUGCCGCCUCGUCCUCCACUUCCUCCUCCUCACAUCACGCUAAACUGUUGCAGCAACAGCAGCAGCAACAGCAACAACAAUCCACAGUGUCCCAGCAACACCAACAGCAGCAGCAGCAGCUUCAACACUCUCCAUCGUGGUAUUCAGGAUCGGGUGGUGGCGGAACGCUCCGUUCCGCUGGUUCCGGCCGGCGAGCAUCGUACGGCCAUAGCCACUAUCAGCAACCACUCACGCUGCCAUCGGCGGUCAAUUACCAUGACAUUGCCGACACUGUUUCCAUCGGCAGUGGCCACUCGGUGCAGCGGUACAGUACCGAGCUGCACCCGGCCGUGGAUCAUCGCCAGCAGUCGCAUCACCAUCACCAACGAUCCUCGAUGUCGCCAGCGAUGGGUUCUGCCGGUGACAGUCGGUCGGUGGCGGGCAGUGCGAACGGCUCGAUGGCCGUCGGUGGUUUAGGGAGUGCCGGAUCGAUGCUGAUCGAUCGCAGUGGCAGCACCGAUCGGUUCGGUGCGCUAGAGGAUCCGCUGAGUACGAGCUGCCUGCAACCACCGUCACCGGCACCCAGUAACGAUCACUACAGCGUCAUGGGUUUGCCGGCGCCUGCUCCUGCGUCCGGUAGCCACCAUUACUCCUCCGAUCGCCACUACGGUACCAUCCAGCGACGAACAGCGAGUCCUUCGAACAUCAGAUAUCGCCACAGUUUGACGGAGAGCUACCGGGACAUGUCACCGCAGUGCGAUAGAUACAUACCGCCCCCGGCCCACUUCCUGGCCGGUGCCAGCAGCGCGCUAGCGGCUGCCGACACCUACGGUUAUCUUGGGGCGAACGUGCACACACCGAUCAAGCGUUACGUCCCGACGCCACCGCCACAGGAACCAACCUAUCAGCCACUGCCGGGUACGGCUUCCUCCAGCGCGAAAACCCAGGCCCUCAUGAGCGCACUGUUGGGCCAAGGAGUUUCCCUCGGCAACGGUGGCAGCUCAUCUUCGCGCGCCGUAGCCCCAGCACAUCAUGCACAGUACGCGUACGCCACCAGCACUCUCCCGUACGGCUUCCGGGUGAAGACGAACAGCAGCGCCAUCGGAAGCGAACACACGAUAUCGCCACCGAAGGGGUUCGAAACGCCCGACCACUACACCGGUGGCACCGGUAGCAGCGGCAGUAACAACGGAGUAACCGGCAGUAACACUGCUGCCAGCAACAGUGGCAACCACAAUGCACCGCCAGCACGUGUUCGACCUCCCAAGUGCCCGUCUUCCCUGGUGGCAGUCCCUAACGCCACCUCAACCCUUCCACAUCCGACGUCCCACGGGACGCGCAGUAACAGUAGUAGCGGUCGCUACUCGCAGCCAACCAUGGUACCCUCGUCAAUCACGAGCAGCAUCAGCAGCUGCAGCGGUAGUGGCACCAGCAGCAGCAUCUACCGUAUGUCACGCACGUCGAGCGCCGAAUUUUUAGAUCAACCACGCGGGGGUCUGUACCGUGUAUCGACACCGGUCAGUGUGAUGAGUGAACCAAACGGAACGUCCGGCAGUGCAUCGUGUUUGCACUGCAACACACUGCGCCGGACGACGGGGGUUCAUCAGACAACGCAGACGACGGGACCGAUCAGUCCGCAGCCAUUGAAUCAUCCGCAGGACCUGUCCAACGGAAGCUGCCAUUCGGUACCGAUCAGUCCAGCAUCCCUGACCUCUCCUCAGCAAACCAGUGGCAUGCUUUCCCUUGUUCAGUCGUCGAUGCACGGCCAUUCCGCUAGCCAGCAACAGCACUCCGUAUCCUCUCCGUACCUUCAGCACCCGCAGCACCAGCUACAUCAUUCGCAAUCGCACAUGAUCCAGUCGAGUACUGGCAAAACGGCCAUAGUUAACGCCGCAGCAGCAGCAGCACAAUCGUCCCACUCGCAAACAUACGAUAACCUUCACGACCGGUCGCAGCUGGAUGGUCGGGACAUCGCUACAAUUCCGAGGAAUGGCAGCAAGCACCAGUUCGUCCAGUCCGGUGGUCCAGGUGGAGUCCGCACAGGAACUGCUGAGGCACCGUCGAUGGAGAGCAUCAUAAGUGCGAGUAGCAGCAGCCGCUCGAUGCUGAUUCCUCAGCAACAACAGCAGUACAGCAACACCUCCAUUCCGUCGCAACCUACGCCACCCAACGUCCAACAACAACAACAACAACAACAACAGUUACCACCGCAAACAACUACCACAAACCCAGCCAGCGCCAUCGCACAACAAUCUCAGCAAGCAACGGCACAACAGCAAUCAGUACCACCGCUACAGCUCCUCCCAGCCAACAGUACCCACAACAGCUCCUCGUCCAGCCCGCAGCAGCAGCAGCAGCAGCAGCAGCAGCAACAGCAACAGCAACAGCAACAACAUUCACAGCUAACUUUGGAAGCGCAGCAUGCUUCGUCUAUCGCUUCCAUCGCUCAGCAGCAACCACCACAGCAACCAUCGCCUCAGCCAGCACUCGCACCACCCGUUCCAGUUUCCCUGGCACAACCGACCAUCGCUUCGCCAGCGAUCGUUCCGUAUGUUCCGGCGGCCGCACCAUCACUGGUCGCCGCUCCCCAUUCGAUGCCACACCUUCAGCACGGUCCAGCGUCACUCAACGAUUCGCCGGCUUCGACACUGCAGCGCAGCAGCAACGCACAGCUGCUCCGAAUUCCGCAAUCGAAUCUCUCUUGCAAGCAACGCGUCAAGGAGUACGUGCGGCGCGAAACGGCCAAGUUUUUCGGAGUGUUGCCGGGCCAGCAGGAUGAGGAGUACGAGCGGAGCAAAUGGGAUGAUCGGCAACGAAGGUUCGCUUGCCGGAGGUUCGGAACGCUUCGCGAUGACCAUGAUGAGCUGGGGGCCGGCAAUGGUGGCCAGCGUGGUGCCGGUCAUGAUGGUGCUGGUGGUAUCGGUGCAGGCGUUGGAGGUGGCGGAGUGAAUGGCCACGGUGGUGUUGGUCCGUUGGCACCAUCCGACCGACCGGACAUACUGCCAGCUCAGAGUCAAGAUGAACGCGAGACCGAGCUUAGCCGACGGCAGCGUGCCAAUCCGCACUUUGGUUCGUUGGGUUCGCAUGAUCAGCACCAGUCGGCCGACGGUUCGGAUGUGUAUCUGAUCCGUGCGGAAAGGAAACCGUCCGUUCCGGCCGUAAUCUACGGUGGGUUGAGCUUUCUGGUGCAAAGCAUCACGCGGCAUCGGUUGCGAACGCACAAACAGUGGUCCCGGAGUUUCGCUCCGGCUCACGUCGAGCUAACGGGAAGUGAUGGAUCCGAUGGGCACUGCGAUGGUCUCGCACCGAUUCCGGACGGUGAGGCGUUCUUCGACACACCGACGGCACCGGGUGCGAUUGCUGGACCGGGUGCAGGGUCGGCCGUGGGUGCCGCACAUGACAACAACUCCCGUCAGCUGUACGUAUCCGAGGGUGACCGGACGACGGGCAGUGGCAUCAUCAAUGGUUGGCGCACGAAAUCGACGGAACUGCAUCAGCAGCAGCAACAGCACAACCAGCAACAAGAUCCGGCAGCGGGAGUGUACGGACAGCGUAUCUCAUCCAACAUUCUGGACGGUGUGCUGGACAACUCGGUGCGCCCGGUCCGGAACCGGGUGAAACUGUUGAGACCGAACCUGCUGGACGAACGGUACGACUAUCGGCCCUUCUUCACGUACUGGAUCAACACGGUCCAGAUCGUGGUGAUGGUGCUGUCGCUGAUAUGCUACGGCUUCGGACCGAUCGGCAUCGGUAUGGAGUACCGGUCGGCGCAGGUGCUAGUGACGAGCUUAAGUCUGCAGCAGGUACACCAUCAGGAGCCACGGAACAUCUGGAUCGGUUUGCGGAGUGCCGAUUUGAUACACCUGGGUGCCAAGUACGGGGCCUGUAUGCGGCGCGAUGCCCGGAUCAUGGACGUGGUGUCCCGUACCCGUAAGCAUGAGCGCGAGACGGCCUGCUGCAUCCGCAACGAUGACUCUGGUUGUGUGCAGAGCUCUCAGGCUGACUGUUCCAUCCGGGGAUGGCCUUCGACGAUAGCCACGUGGAAAAAGUGGUCACCUGGUGAAUCGGGACCGGGAGGGCGCAUCUCGGGCAGUGUUUGCGGCCUC